UAUUACGGACUUUGAGACAUUUUCAUAUGUUUUUAUCACUACUGUAUUAAGUUCACAUCAAUUACCGACAUUUCAACCACAUCUUUUGCAUCCACUCUCUCCUCUUCUAUAUUAUAGUAGUACUAGUAGUUGCUUAUAUCCAUAUUAUUGUUGUUGAAUUUGUUUCAAUUAUGACUCGUCCAGCUAGAUUUCUGCUUAGUAACAGCUCUUCUUCAACUUCCCCUUCACCGCCGGCGGCGGAGCCACCAUCUGCGGUGGCAGUGGAGUCUGACUUUGUCGUAAUACUAGCUGCUUUGCUUUGUGCACUAAUUUGUGUGGUGGGUCUCAUAGCUGUUGCAAGAUGCGCGUGGCUCCAGCGAGGAACCGGCGCCGGAGCAGGUGGAGCUGGUGGUCAGUCGGCGGCGGCGAACAAAGGGUUGAAGAAGAAAGUGUUACAGUCGUUGCCUAAGUUCACGUAUGACCCCAGCAGUACAACGGCGAAAGGUACGCCGUUCACGGCGGAGUGUGCCAUCUGUCUGGCGGAGUAUGCGGUGGGAGAUGAGAUCCGUGUGCUGCCGCAGUGUGGCCAUAGUUUUCACCUUCAGUGUAUUGAUACUUGGUUGGGUUCACACUCUUCGUGCCCUUCUUGUCGUCAAAUUCUCGUGGUUGCUCGGUGCCGGAAGUGCGGUGAGUUCCCUGCAAUUUCCCAUAAAACCGACGGUGCUCCGGCUACAACUCCGGAUGAGUCUCGUUCAUGCGCUAGCUCAAGUAAUUUUCUAGUCUAGAAAAAGAAAAAAAGACUUAGCUUUAAAUUAUAUACGCCGAUAAUGUAAAUGAUCAAAUCUAAUUUACAUUAUCAGUGCAGUUUUACCAGUUGUAAUCCGUCACUUAUUGUGCUGUGCAAGUUAGGUUACUAAUUUACCAAAUUAUCGCAGUAGUUAUCUUUAGCGUGACUUAUGUAAAUUAUUUUUACAAAUUUAGUAUAUGUUGAAGUUAAAAUUGAUAGAGCUAAUGCCGACCAAAGAUUGUAACUGUAAAAUGGUUAAGUGUAAUUGUCAGAGAGUUUGGAAAUGGACCCCAUUGAAGGUGGUGAGGAGGUUGCUUCACUUUGUCUAGUAGUAGCUAUAGAGGAAGAGAUAAAGAGGAAGCAACAUGCUUGACUGCUAGUGUUAAUGGGAAUGUAGAAGGUGACAAACUUGAAAUGAUAGGCGUGUUGGCUUCUUGUUAGGGAAAUGCCAACUAGAAAUGUAAUUGUAGGGCAGAUGGUUUGGAGUAAUUGGUACUUCAAUUUCUAGUUAAAUUUCUUGUACAAUUUACUUGUUGUAAUAGUUUAAAAAACAUAAGCUUCCUUUCUCUUGGGCUAA